UUUACAUGUCGUAAAAUCACGCAAAGUCACGAUCAAAAGUGCGCUGCUAACGGGAAUUACCGAUUUAAUGAAGUGGAUGCUUAUGGUGCACGGACUAUAUAGUGGCUUCUGAAGAUCUUGCAACUUUCACAUCAAAGUAAAUUGUGAGACAUUGCUGACAUCAAUCCCGUCUACUCAGAGCGCAGUUGGCAUCGUCACCUGACAGGUCAAACUCAGGUGACUCAUCACAACCUGAAGCUUCACACGAUUGUCUUGUGAUUGGAUGUCCAUCGUCUGAAAAGUCGCAUUCUUUGUAUACAUAGCUAUUCCCACCAUGAGCUGUGAAAUUAGGAAUGAAGAGUGUCCGGUUCAAAUACACUGCUUAUUUCCCACGGCUGCUGAUACUGAUACACGACCUUUUUCUCUUUACUUUUAUUCUUCCCAGGGAAGUCAAGAACUAGUACUUGACUGUGCUUACAACGAAAACCAUACAUGCUUUCACCAAGAAGGAAUCGAGAUCACGCAUAAAGGUUUUAACUAUGCCACCAUCACAGUUCCUGACACAUUUGCAACAAGCAAUGGUUCAUUUGUUUGCAAGAAAGGAGACAUUGAUACGUUUAAAAAUUGUUCGUACCAUCCUUCAGAAAUCUGUAAUACUACUAGCAUCUGGAAUACUACUGGAAUCGGUCUUGGGACGACUACAAAAGGUAUCAACCCUACAGUUCUUGUUGGUGUGAUUCUAGGAUUAAUCGUCGUCAUGUCGAUUAUCAUCUUCUGUUGGGUGUCCAAGACAUACAGAUGUUAUGGGCGUUCCAAGAAAUCUCCAAUAUACGCCGUUCCUUUACCAGUUAUCCCUAGCGAGGAAUACAACAAACCUUGUCUUGAGAAAGAAAACACAGAAAACCAUGUAAACCAAACGACGACCGACCCUGCAUCAUCUAGCUUCAAUGGAGGCAUUAUGGAAACAAAGAAAGUGUUCGAUCGGGAUAACGAACUGACCAUCAAUGAACAGAAAGAAAAUGUCGACCAGGAGCACACAUCUACUGACACCAAGAUCAGUGGCGCUUCUUCUGGGUCGCAACUUUCGCCCUCUUCAUCAGUUAGUAGGACAUCUUGCUCAAGGAGUGAUACAUCAGUCACACCUCUCCUUUGACAGUAAAUUCAACUGUUGGUCGAUUGCAACCACCCAAUAGUAUAAUCUCAGGCUUUCUACGGCACUAUCCUACACGGAGUGGGAAAAGAUAUUAAAAAGUAAUUUUGAGGGGGAGGGAAUGUGAAUAGCAUUAGCGAACCUGAUAUUUUGUUUCAAUGACAAUUCAGGAACGCCUCUCCAUCUGUCGAUAUCUUUCGCCACUUUGCCUUCUGAUUUGAAGAACUGGGUGAUCUGAAAAAUUACACCGGAAAGACUAUUUUAAGAGAUUAUGCUGUCAAAAGUAAUGCAGAUGUCAGUGAGGUAUUUUAAUGCUCGCUUUUCCCGGAGAAAAAAGAGUAAGUGAUAUAUGAGAUGCUAAUCGAUGAAUGAGAAGUAAUUCUGUAACACAACGGUAAUGGGGAAAAUAAGGUAAACCCCUUAUCUUUAACAAUGCUUUCUUUCGUGAUGUCCGUUCUUCUUUUCAAAGAAAAUAAAACUCUCCUGAUUACUGCGUGUAUCUAGUCACUGUUUGACAAGUGUUAAAACAGCUUGAUCGCAGAACUGACUCACUGUUUAUGACCUUUUGAGAGCCUCUGUUACAGAUUACAGAUAUUAGUCUAAAAGUUAUUCGAAAAGUUGAUUACACGUGUAAAUAUUUGAAAUCUUAAUUUUUAGCAUGGUACAGACGAUUGUAUUCGACCUCAUGAUUAUUUCUCUUUCAUCUGUCUUUAAACUUUAUUUUCUCGCCUGGUAUGUGUAUUGGAGAUGUUUGAUAGAAAUGACUUCCUAAAAUAUCUCCAAUACAAUCUCCUAUACAGACUUUUGACCAGAGGCGUGUGCAGUAAUGUAUAUAAGGUAUGCUGGUGAUCUGUAAAUCUGUAAAAUAAAAGUCUGAAUCGUC